AUGCUCAGAGGGCCAUCUUCUCUGUUCUUUUUUACAAUACAGAUCACACUAGGCGAAAGCUGCCAUGUGCACAACCUGCCGCACAGUCCACGCUCCAUAGUCUCCAACCGUUAUGUGGCUGCCCUCUACAAGGAAAUUGGUGCCUUCCUCUUUGGCUGCACUGUGGGCCAGUCACUCACCAACAUGGCCAAGGUUGCUGUAGGUCGUCUUCGCCCACACUUCCUGGCUGCAUGUCGGCCUAACUUCACUCGAAUCAACUGUUCCACUGGAUACCUGGAGGACUAUGUCUGCACUGGUGGCACCUCAGAGGAGAAAGAAGCUAGAAAGUCUUUCUACUCUGGCCAUGCCUCCUUUGCCAUGUAUGCCAUGAUGUACCUGGUGUUUUACCUGCACGCCCGCUUCACAUGGCGGGGUGCUAGACUACUACGUCCACUGGUCCAGUUUGUGCUGCUGAUGCUAGCAAUGUACACGGGACUGACCCGCAUCUCUGACUAUCGGCACCAUCCAUCUGAUGUGGCUGUGGGGCUGCUGCAAGGGGCGCUUGUGGCUUACUGGGUGGCCUUCCAUGUUUCCAGCAUGUUUCACUGCAAGCACCAGCCCAGCCACCUGCCUUCAGUCACCAUGGACACUCCCAGCUCAGACUGCCACACUGAUUGCUAGGGGAUGUUCACUGAUGGUCAAGGACACUCUCUGUUUUGCUGGCUGCAGGGGCCUUGACCAAUUGUGCCAGUUGCUUGGCAUCCACUGUCAUGCUGCCUUCAUAGGCACCAGAUGGACAGCCACUGCCUUGCCACCUGCUAGGGGCCACUAAGGAGCUUCUGCUCACUGUCAUGCCACCAUCCACUGGUGCACCAACUGCUGGAAGCACCAAGACGAAAAGGAGGUGGUGCUCUAGUGGAUGUUAGGGCACCUCUGUGCCAGCAUCAAAGAUUCCUCCAUCCUCCCAGGGAUGUACCGAGGCAUCUGUUUUCCUUUGGUGAGACCACUCCCUUACAAACUUCUCCUCUAUCAAAAGAUGCAAUGUCCACAUCACUAUUGCCAGUUUGGGCUUCCUUUUACGCGAUACUCACAGGGGAAGUACCAGAAGAAAAUCCCAUUUUAUUUGUUUCAUCCAGGAAGACCUGCCCUUCCUCCUCACUAGUACUAGGAUGAUCUUACCCUUGAAGUAUUAUGCACUCAGCCUGUGUUGCUAGGAGAAGAACAGAUAUAUCCUAGAAAAUUCAGUCCCUGCUGCUGUAGCGAUAUGUGUCUCACGCUUGAAAGGCAAUUGCGUGUCUUGCAGAAACAUACUCCGUGUGAAGGAAUGAACCACAUUUUUUGCAAGUGGAGUUGGGAGGAUAAUGCCUAGAAAAUCAUGGAAGGAACCUAUGGAUUCAUACCAGUAUACUGGUGCUCCCAGAUGCUGCCAAAUACCUCCCAACCUCCACCCCCCUCACCUCUUCUAUUCCCCAUAAUGUGAAACGUAUGUUUGUAAUAAAUGGUACUGACAAUCAUCUUGUUUAAUAACUGUGACUUGCAGGAGAGUGGCCAAAUAUGUGUGGUGCCAAAGCACUGGAAUGACAGAGGAUUUAAUAUCUGACACAGAAUGGGUUCCUGAGAUGCUUAACUUUCAUUUAAAGCAAAAAGUGAGCUUCUAGUCCUCAUGGUUGUGAAGAUUCAAAUCCUUUUCCUCAUUUGAAACCAUCCCUCCUGGAAAAUGCAGCUAUUGGUUUUAGAAUGGAUGCUGUAAACAGAAGUACAACAUAAAGCUAAAUUAGGUCCUAAGGAAGGAGUGACUUGGACAAAACAGUAUCUGUACCCACUUAAACCAUAUGUAAGCCGCCUUGGGUUUCUAUCAUGGAAAGAAAGGUGGGGUAUAAAUGAAAUUAAUAAAUAAUAAUAAAUCCCA